UCUCUAUGGUUGUGGACGUGGAAAUGCUUGCUUCAAGGAAGCUUGCACAAGGAUACAAAGGUGCUGGCUGUCUUGCCCUUUUUCUGCAUCUUCCCACCAUUCAUCAGAAAACUACCAAAAGUUUGAAAGACCUCGACACCUUUGUUGAUGCACCAGGUCUGCCACCCAUACUCUACUCUGAUAUGCCAAAACCAGUACUUGAUCGCACUGAUAAGGCGUACGAAUACGUUAUUGAAUCAGCUACUUGUUUUCCAAGUUCAGUGGGGAUUAUCGCAAACACCUUUGAAUCGCUUGAGACCAGAGCACUCAAAGCAAUAUCGGAUGGAUUAUGCGUACCCAAUAAGACCACGCCACCCAUUUACUGUAUUGGGCCAUUAAUAACGUCUAGCACUGAAAAAAAUGGCGGUGUGCCUGAGUGUUUAACUUGGCUUGAUUCACAACCGAGUCGAAGUGUUAUUUUUCUGUGUUUUGGUAGCUUAGGAUUGUUUUCAAAGGAACAAUUGAGAGAAAUAGCAAUUGGGUUGGAAAGAAGUGGGCAAAGGUUUUUGUGGGUUGUGCGUAAUCCACCUUCUGAUAACCAAACCUUAGCCACUUCCCCGCAGUCAGACCCAGAUUUAGAUUCCUUGCUUCCUGAUGGUUUCUUAGAUCGAACCAAGGAUAGGGGAUAUGUGGUGAAGACAUGGGCUCCUCAAGUAGCAGUAUUGAAUCACAACUCGGUGGGUGGGUUUGUGACUCACGGUGGAUGGAACUCGGUGCUUGAAGCUGUGUCUGCAGGAGUUCCUAUGGUGGUAUGGCCGCUUUAUGCAGAGCAAAGGAUAAACAAAGUGUUGCUGGUCGAAGAAAUGAAAAUUGCUUUGCCAAUCAAUGAGUCUAAAAAUGGGUUUGUAGCUGUUUCGGAAGUGGAGAAGCGGGUUACUGAGUUGAUGGACUCAGAUACUGUUAACUCAGUCAGAGAGCGGACUGUUGCUAUGAAAAUUGCCGCUGAGGAAGCAUUGAGUGAGGGUGGUUCUUCUCGAGUUGCAUUGACUCGACUCACCGAGUCGUGGAAGCAUUAAUAAUUGGUUUAAAUUCUAUAAUUUGAUGUGCUAUUAAAAAAGUAAUUUAAAAUCCGCAGUUGUUACCAAAAUAAUUAUGUUUCUGUCGCAGAAUAAAUCAUCAUAUGUAACCUAAUUAUAAUUAUAAUUACCAUGUUGAACUUAAACUA